GCCAUCACCGGAACCGAGGGCCCAGGUUUGCGGAGCGAGUGCAGACACGCAGAGCCCUGCUCUGGACAACCCCAAGAGCCACUGAGACUCCUCGCUCCCUUCCACCACCCCGUGCCCCUCGAGUCCACUCUAGCUCCCCACCCCUUCCCCAGUGCUGCGCCCACCUUAAGUCCCCAGGUCUCUCCUGGCCUGCAGCCUCCUGCCUCCUCCUCCAUCCGCGGUCUCCCCUUCCUCGGGGACCCGCACGCUACCCCCAACCCCCAAUCCUGGCCAGCAGGACCUGAUAGGCAGCCAGAGCUCACCCAGGUCGAGUCCCAGAGCCUCUGGGCUUCCGCAAACCGCGACUCCAGGACCCAAGACACCUGCCUGGGGGAGGCGACAGCGGCUGGGCGGGGGCUAGCAGCACCUCUGACACCCGAGGAAGAGAGGGAGGAGAGAGAGCGCGUUUCAUCAUCGCCGCCACUUAUAAAAACUUCUGGGCGCUCACUCUCUCGCUCAGUCUCCUCGUCUCGCUCCCCGUAGCCCAGUUACCGGCUACUGCCACUGAAGCCUGAAGCACCGAAGUCCCGCAGAACCUGACCCCGGCCUGUCGCCACCACCUUGGCCCGGUCAGGGGACGUUGCCUCAGUCACGAUGGGGCUCCUGCCCAAGCCCGGAGCACGCCAGGGCAGCGGCAACUCCUCCGUCCCAGCCAGACGUUGCUCCCGCUCGGUCUUCAGCAACAUUAAGGUCUUCGUGCUUUGCCAUGGCCUCCUACAGCUCUGCCAGCUGCUCUACAGUGCCUACUUCAAGAGCAGCCUCACCACUAUCGAGAAGCGCUUUGGACUCUCCAGCUCUUCCUCCGGUCUCAUUUCCAGUUUGAAUGAGCCACUGGGCACGCUCAUUGCAGGAAACAGCAGCCGCUUUCAGACCAACCUCUGUAAGAAGCAUUUGCCAGACCUGCUCCCCAGUAAGUGCCACAGCACCGUGCCCGAUACCCAGAAGGAGACCAGCAGCAUGUGGAGCCUGAUGGUGGUCGCUCAGCUGCUGGCCGGCGUUGGGACGGUGCCCAUUCAGCCUUUUGGGAUCUCCUAUGUGGAUGACUUUGCAGAGCCUACCAACUCGCCUCUGUAUAUCUCCAUCUUAUUCGCUAUUGCCGUGUUUGGGCCGGCUUUCGGGUACCUGCUGGGCUCAGUCAUGCUGAGAAUCUUCGUGGACUACGGCAGAGUGGACACGGCUACAGUGAACCUGAGCCCAGGUGACCCUCGGUGGAUCGGAGCCUGGUGGCUGGGCCUGCUCAUCUCCUCAGGCUUCUUGAUCGUCACUUCUUUGCCCUUUUUCUUCUUUCCCCGAGCAAUGUCCAGAGGAGCGGAGAGGUCUGUUAUCGCAGAGGAGACCAUGAAGAUGGAGGAAGACAAGUCAAGAGGCUCUCUGAUGGAUUUCAUUAAACGGUUCCCCCGCAUCUUCUUGAGGCUGCUGAUGAACCCACUCUUCAUGCUGGUGGUCCUGAGCCAGUGCACCUUCUCCUCAGUCAUUGCUGGCCUCUCCACGUUCCUCAACAAGUUCCUGGAGAAGCAGUAUGGCGCCUCGGCAGCCUAUGCCAACUUACUCAUUGGUGCUGUGAACCUUCCAGCGGCGGCCUUGGGGAUGCUGUUUGGAGGAAUCCUCAUGAAACGAUUUGUUUUCCCUCUGCAAACCAUCCCUCGGGUAGCUGCCACCAUCAUGACCAUCUCCAUAAUCCUAUGUGCACCUCUCUUCUUUAUGGGAUGUUCCACACCCGCCGUGGCUGAGGUCUACCCUCCCAGCACCCCAAGUUCUAUACAUCCGCAGCCUCCCGCCUGCCGCAGGGACUGCCUGUGCCCAGAUUCCGUCUUCCACCCCGUCUGUGGAGACAAUGGAGUUGAGUACCUCUCCCCCUGCCACGCUGGCUGCAACAGCCUCAAUGUGAGCUCAGCAGCUUCUAAGCAACCGAUCUAUUUGAACUGCAGCUGUGUGACUGGAGGAUCCGCAUCAGCCAAGACAGGCUCGUGCCCUACAUCCUGUGCACAGCUGCUGCUCCCAUCCAUCUUCCUCAUCUCCUUUGUGGCGCUCAUUGCCUGCGUCUCCCACAACCCCCUCUACAUGAUGGUCCUACGUGUGGUGAACCAGGAUGAAAAGUCGUUUGCCAUUGGAGUACAGUUCUUGUUGAUGCGUUUGCUGGCCUGGCUGCCGGCUCCAUCCCUUUAUGGCCUGCUCAUCGACUCCUCCUGUAUCCGGUGGAACUACCUAUGCUCAGGGAGACGAGGGGCCUGUACCUAUUAUGACAACGAUGCUCUCCGAAACAGGUACCUGGGCCUCCAGGUGGUCUACAAGGUCUUGGGCACACUGCUGCUCUUCUUCACCAGCUGGAGGGUGAAGAAGAACAGGGAAUACAGUCUGCAGGAGAAUGCCUCGGGCCUCAUCUGACCUUCGGCUGGGACGACUGCCCUGCCCCAGAGACUGGAUAGCCCACCCCUCCACACCUACCUGUGUUAACUGAUGUUAGCA